GCACAUCAUCAUCAUGUCAGAGAAGAAGGUUUUCAGAGAGUCUGAAGUGACCAGCAAAAAAGAUAAAUCUACAUGGCUCAUUAUACAUGACAACGUGUAUGAUGUAACAAAGUUCCUGGAAGAGCAUCCUGGGGGAGAGGAAGUUCUUUUAGAACAAGCAGGUCGAGACGCAACAGAAGCAUUUGAAGAUGUAGGCCAUUCCACUGAUGCUAGAGAAUUGAUGAAAGAUUAUCUUAUUGGUGAACUCCAUCCAGAUGACAAGAAGGGAACCACAGUAAAGACAAACACAUCCUUCAAUCCACCAAAUACAGCAACUGCAGCUGGGAGUUGGACUGGUUGGUUGCUGCCUCUUGGGGUUGCCUUAGCUGCAGCCUUUGUGUACAGAUAUUUUAUGUCCCAGGGCAGCUGAAUUCACAUGUUCAUCUCUUCUAUUUGAUGGUCCAAAACUUGCUGUUAUUUGCUUGUACACAACCAUGGAUGUGAAUUGAAAAUGAGAUUUACAGCAAAGUGACAACAUAUUUAAUUAUGACUUAAAAUAUUUUUUAUGAUUAUUUUAUUGUAUUAUUUGAUUAUCAGGAUUAUUUGAUUAUCAAGAUAAAUCCAUUAGUAUAAAA